UCCUUGUGAACUAUUGCUUUGCUUUGCUUAAGCAACUUGCAUCGAGGUGUCGACCGGUGCGCAUAGCUCGUUUGCUCAGAUAUCCUGCUAGGGGCAACAAAUCCAAACUGAUGGAUCCUCCCAACGCCGACGUUCUCGAGCUGAAAGAGAAGAUGGGAGAGUUGAUUCAUGUCAUGCAAGAGUUCGCCUUGGGGCAGAAAGUAAUUGCCGAAAAGGUGGGGAGGAUUGAAGAUUGGCUGAAGAUGGGGAACAUGCAAGGAAACGCUUCGUCAUCUGGACCGAAGAAAUCAUUUGGUAACGACCAGCGCGAGCACGAGGGUGAAUCAAGUGCUGUGUAUGCCCAGGGAGGACACGGUAGGGAUCGUUACUACCAGCACACUGCUGCAGUAACCAUUCCUGCUGGUAAUCAGUCAGUCCGGCAGCAACGUCAGCCACCUCAACAGAGAGCCGGGUACCAGAUGAGAGGAAAAGGGGUUGAUCGCCAUUUUGACAAGCCGCCCGUGACAUAUGCUGUUCUGUUCAAAAAGCUGAUGGAUCUUGGGUUGGUUCAGCCAAGGGCGAUGGUUCCGAUGAGAUCAGAUCAGAGGCCUCCUAACUAUGAUGAGAACGCCCGGUGUGAAUUUCAUUCUGGUACACCGGGGCAUAACAUUGAGGGCUGUAGAGCAUUCAAGAAUGUUGUCCAGGACCUGGUGGACUCCAAGGCUAUCAAUUUUGCGCCGUCACCGAAUGUUAAUGCUAAUCCCAUGCCAGCACAUGGUCAGGCAAUGGUGAGUGCAAUUGCUGAAGAUUCGGAUCACGCCUGUGUGAUGGGUGAAGAGACUGAUGGUAACUGCAAGUUUGAUGGUUGGAUAAAAAGAGGCAUCAGGCAAGGGGAUCCCUUAUCCCCUAUGCUUUUCAUCAUAAUGAUGGAAUAUAUGAAUAAAUCCUUGACUAAGAUGCAGAAGGAUCAUAACUUCAAUUACCAUGCCAAGUGUGAGAAAUUGUCUCUCACAAAUCUCACUUUUGCUGAUGAUGUGUUGCUCUUCAGUAUAGGGGACCAGAAGUCAGUGGAGAUGUUGCUUGAUGCUUUCAAUAUGUUCUUUGAGUCUACUGGCCUUAUUGUCAAGUCUACUGGCCUUAAUGUUGCUAGAAGGACUCAACUUGUCAAAAUAUAUCUCAUGUCAUAUCUCAGUAUUGGAUGCAAUGCUUCCCAAUACCUAUGA